AUGGCGGGGCUGUGGCCCUAUUACCUCCAGGUGCUGGAUGCCUCCAGUUUGUCAGAACACGCCCCCUGUCGCCCUGCGAUACCUCCACCGGGCCGCGCGGUGGCGCUGCGGCAUUGCCGAGGCCUGGACUUUCGCGGGGGAGCUAGGGCGCGCAAGCCCCUGGGGACCCUGACGGCGGUGGCAAGGCGCAGGGAGGCCGCGGCUCUCCCAUCUGUCACCCUGGCCCUUCUUUGCUUAGAUGGUGUCUUCCUCUCCUCCGCCGAGAAUGACUUUGUCCACCGCGUCCAGGAGGAGCUUGAUCGCUUCUUGCUGCAGAAGGAGCUGUCAAAGGUUCUUCUUUUUCCGCCACUCUCCAGCCGACUGCGGUACCUGAUCCAUAGAACAGCAGAGAAUUUUGAUCUCUUGAGCAGCUUCUCCAUUGGGGAAGGCUGGAGGAGAAGGACGGUCAUCUGUCAUGCGGAUAUCAGGGUGCCCAGUUCAGAUGGCCCCUCCGGCCCCUGUCAUCCUCCUGCUCACCCUGGCAAGUACCGAGGUCCUCGGCCCACCUCUAACCAGGGAGCAUCUGCUGGUCCCCGAGGUGCACGGGCUGGCCGAUGGCAUCGUGGACGCAAGCCGGACCAGCCUUUGUAUGUGCCCCGGGUGCUGCGCAGGCAAGGGGCAGCAACCUGUACCCCAGAGCUCCAGGGAGAGGCCGCAGCUGGCAGAGUCUCAGAGGAGCCUGCAGGUGCUGGUGCUGGGGACCCUCACACUGAACAGGGACUCCCCAUGUUGAUGACUCAAGGGACAGAGGACCAGAAGAGCCCAGGCCAAGGUCUCAAGGAUGAGCUGCUGCUGGAGCCAAGUGGCAUUGAGCCCCCGGGGGGGCCUGAGAGUCCCUCAGGGAAGGAACAUGGGGCAGAGACGGCCACACAGCUUGGGCUCUGCCUGCAGCCACCUCUGGAGGAGGGGACAGAGAGUCAGCUGGAGCAGAGCCCAGAAAAGGAAAAGGAGGAAGAAAACAAGAAGGAGGAGGAGGAAGGGCCUGGCAGCCAUUCUGAGGAUGAUUUCAGUGAGCUGCUGCAGGAGAUCACAGCCAACCUGACUGAGAAGGAGAUCCAGGUAGAGAAGAUUCAUCUGGACACAGCCUCCUUUGCAGAGGAGCUGCCUGGGGAGAAGGACUUGGCCCAUGUGGUGGAGAUCUAUGACUUUGAACCGGCGCUCAAGACUGAGGACCUGCUGGCCACAUUUUCUGAGUUCCAGUGAGGAGAAGGGGUUCAGAUUCAUUGGGUGGACAACACUCAUGCACUUGGCAUCUUUCCUGCCUGGCCUCAGAUCUGCUUUCUUUCCCCAGCUGCCGAAGCCCUGACCAAGGAUUUCCCCAGGCUUAAGAUCCGCCCUCUCACAGGAACCAAACAGUCCAAGCUCAAAGCCUUGCAGAGGCCAAAGCUUCUGCGCCUGAUGAAGGAGAGGCCACAGACAGAUUGCAGCAGUAGCCCGGAGGCUGUGGCCCAGGCUCUGGGGCUCCAACACAGAAAGAAAGAGCUGCCUGCUGACCCAAGUCUCCUGCCUCCCUGAGGCUCCAGCCCCAGCCACCUGGACUAAGCUGGGUCCCCAGCACCGCAAGCCUUUACAGAUACCAGGACAGCCCUUCGCCACCACUGGAGCUUCACUCUGGGGCCUGGUAGGCUUUAGCUGGUCUAGUCCCAGAAAUUGAAAAAA